CUGGGAUCAGCCCAAAUCGGAGCAACCGCCCCCAUCACCGUCACCGGCUGUCGUCUUCGCCCCACCGUUUUAAACCUCUCAAAUACAAAGAAAAAUCAUACUGGUUGAUCUGAACUCCGUCAAAAUAACAUCCCACUUUCCACAAACCCUAAAUUCAGAAGAUCAAAUUGAAAAUCAAAAUCUAAUCUCGAGCAACAGAAAAAAUGGGGAAAAAACAACACAGCAAAGACCGAAUGUAUAUAACAAAAACCGAAUGGGCCACCGAAUGGGGCGGCGCUAAAUCCAAAGAGCUCCUUACUCCGUUCAAGCGCCUCCCUUUCUAUUGCUGCGCACUUACAUUCACUCCCUUUGAAUUUCCAGUAUGCACUGCAGAUGGAAGUGUUUUCAAUAUAAUGUACAUUACUCCAUAUAUACGAAAGUACGGGAGGCAUCCCGUUACAGGAACUCCGCUCAAGCUGGACGAUCUUAUUACACUCAAUUUUCAUAAGAAUUCUGAAGGAGAGUACCAUUGCCCUGUGCUAAACAAGGUCUUUACUGAAUUCACCCAUAUUGUCGCUGUGAAAACUACAGGAAAUGUGUUCUGUUAUGAGGCAAUUAAAGAGUUAAAUAUCAAGACCAAGAACUGGAAGGAGCUACUAACUGAUGAGCCAUUCAGUAAGGAAGACUUGAUAACAAUUCAGAAUCCUAAUGCACUUGACACUAGGGUAACUCUGGAUUUCGACCAUGUUAAGAAAGGGUUGAAAUUGGAUGAUGAAGAGUUAAAGAAAAUUAGUUCAGAUCCAACAUGUAAUAUGAAUGUAUCUGGAGAUAUCAAGCAAAUGCUAGAGGAGCUUGGAACUGAAAAGGGAAAAGAAACUGCACUUCACGGUGGAGGUGGCGGUAAGGCACAAAAGGAAAGGGCUGCUGCCCUGGAGGCCAUAUUGGCUGCAAGGUCACGCAUUAAGGAGGAUUCCAAAUCUAAUUCAAAUGGAAAUUCUAAACCUCCACAAGCUUAUAGUAUUGUAGAUGCUGCAUCUGCUGCAGUGCACGGAAGAAGUGCUGCUGCAGCUAAAGCCGCGUCAGGUGAUAAAACUGCUGCUCGCAUAGCCAUGCACAUGGCUGGUGAAAGGGCACCAGUAAAUGCCAAGCUGGUAAAGAGCCGUUAUACCACCGGUGCUGCUUCACGAUCGUUCACUUCGACCUCUUUUGAUCCUGUCACCAAAAAUGAUUUUGAAUACAUUAAAGUUGAGAAAAAUCCAAAGAAGAAAGGCUAUGUUAAGCUGCAUACAACACAUGGUGAUCUGAACAUUGAGCUUCACUGUGAUAUGACUCCAAGGACGUGUGAGAAUUUCAUCACUCUUUGUGAGCAAGGUUAUUAUAAUGGAGUUGCCUUCCACCGAAAUAUUCGGAAUUUUAUGAUUCAAGGCGGGGAUCCUACUGGUACUGGGAAAGGUGGUGAAUCUAUAUGGGGUAAACCUUUCAAAGAUGAACUGAAUUCAAAGUUACUCCAUUCUGGAAGAGGUGUCGUUAGUAUGGCAAACAGUGGCCCUCAUACCAAUGGUUCACAGUUCUUUAUCCUCUACAAAUCUGCUAAUCAUUUGAACUUUAAGCAUACAGUUUUUGGCGGGGUUGUUGGUGGCUUGACUACAUUGGCAGCAAUGGACAAAGUUCCUGUUGAUGACGAUGAUCGGCCUCUGGAGGAGAUAAAGAUAAUUAGCGUAGAAAUAUUUGUCAAUCCUUACACGGAACCUGACGAAGAAGAAGAGAAGGCCAAGAAAGAAAAGGACAAUGUAGAUGAAGAAAAUGACAAAGUGGGGUCAUGGUAUAGCAACUACCCAGGCACAGGAGCAUCAGAAUCCGGGAAUGUGGCUGGUAGAGGUGUUGGAAAAUAUUUAAAAUCAAGGAAUUCUCAACCGGAAUCGGCUGCCAUAGAUACCGGUUUAUCAACAGUAACAACGACAAAGAAAAGAAAAGUGGGAGGUUCAACAGUAGAAUUCAAAAACUUCUCCGGCUGGUGAGAAUCCCCAAUAAUUGCUGUAAAAUACUUGAAACUGAAAAACAUGAAUGCCAUGUGGGUCAGCUGUGUAACUAGAUAAUAUUCUUUUGAGGUGGUGAGAAUCAAACAGAUACUGUUUGAAGAGGCAUUUCAUUCAACUGAACUGAUUCAUGUUUUUCCCAAAAUGUAUUAUUAGUCAGGAAUAGUUUUUAAAUUCUGAUAACAAAUAGAUGCAGGCUUUGUCCA